AAUUAUUACUACUAGUAGUACAUGCAUGCCAAAGUUUUCCCAAAGGAGAACUAUUUAAGGAACAGAAGAAGACUCACAGAAAGGAAAGAACAUGGAGGAAGGAGGAUCAGGAGGAGAAGUUAGAUUCAGAGGAGUAAGGAAAAGGCCAUGGGGAAAAUACGCGGCGGAGAUUCGUGAUUCGAGAAAACAAGGCGUACGCGUAUGGUUGGGCACAUUUAAUUCCGCCGAAGAAGCGGCUCGAGCUUAUGAUAAAGCUGCUUUUGAAAUGAGAGGUUCGUUAGCUGUUCUUAACUUUCCUAAUGAAUAUCCUUCUAUGAGUACUCGUGGUAACGCUUCUGCUUCGUCAUCGGGCGAGAAACAAGUUUUUGAAUUUGAGUAUUAUGAUGAUCAACUACUGGAAGAUAUGCUUGGGUAUGAAGAAGAGAAUAAGAAAAAAGGGAGAAAAUGAUCAAUCAAACAAAUGUACUACUGAUGAAUUAGUUCAUUAGAACUACUUCAUAUUUACUAAUUAAUUAAGUAACUAUGAUUUCCAUAAAUCUAUAUUACAAUCAAGUAGAUCCCAACGUACCCAUUUUGGUUUUUAUCUUGAUUACAAAUAUUUUGGGAUGGAUUUAUAUAAUGUAAUGUGUGUGACAGUGUGUGUUUUCUCAAUGUAAAUGUUAAG